AUGAAGUGCCUAAAGGUCUUCUUCAUAGUGGCCAUGCUUAUGGCUUUAGCCAUGACUCUUUCAGCAUCACCAACCCAAGAGGAAGUCUUAACCGACGACGACAAAGGCUCUGCAACAGAAAAUUCCGAUGUUGCAUUGCCAGAAACUGAAAGCCCAAUAUCACUUCGAGGGAUUAGUCGAUUUCUAGCCCAAAAACCACGAGUUGAAAUGACAUGUAACAAUUACCCUAGAGUAUGUCGCACCAAGGGAAGCCCAGGACCCGAUUGUUGCAAGAAGAAAUGUGUCAAUGUGUUGACAGACACACUCAACUGCGGCAAGUGUGGUAAGAAGUGCAAGUUUUCGGAAAUUUGCUGCGAAGGUAAGUGCGUGAACCCUUUAUCCAACAAGAAGCACUGUGGAAGCUGCAACAAUAAGUGCAAGAAGGGGAGUUCAUGCGUUUAUGGAAUGUGCAGCUAUGCAUAA